ACUCCCUAUUUGUAUUAUAUUUGUAUUUCACGUCGUUUGGGCAAUUGAUCCAGAAUUUUUGAAGACAUCUACAGAGUCAGCAGAUAUGUGUCUCGAAGUAAUAAAAUCCAGUGGACAGGUCUUUAAAUGCGCUACUACCGAUCCAAAAACCGGAGUUAAAAAUGAUGCUGGAAAGAGAACACAAAGCCAGCAAGAGAUGGUCACUUAUGAUUUCCUAAUGAAACCCACAAGAACUAAACUUUGGAUAGAUGAAAAGAGGGUUAAAAGAUUCAAACGUUCAAUGAAGAAGGAGGAAGAAGUAUUGAGCAGGUUCAUGGAGGACACUAUUAAAGUUCACAAUCAAAAGAAAACUACCGACUUGUAUGGUUUCCUAAUAAAACCGACUAGAACCCACAGAACUGCGAAUGAAGAAGGAAAUAGACAACGACGUUCAAUUGGGACGACGGGGGAAGAAACAUUGAAAGUGGAUAUAGGGCCCAAAGACUCAGUUUCAACAUUGCACCGUUCCAAGCGGACUUAGCGCUCUGAAGCCUUUAGCGGAGCCCUGGGCCUUCGAUAUACUCCUGGCAAUCUCAUAGUGAUGCCUAACUUUGCGAUAUAAAAUUAAAUAAAAAUAA